GGAAAAGAACGCCGUGACGUCGCACCUUUAUGACGUUGACUAUUUUUAGACGAGUAAAUUUGUUGUUUACGUGACUACAACAAUGCAUCUUUUUACAACUGUAAUAAGUUUUAUGUGUAUGUUUCUUCAAGGAGUGGGUAAGAUUUUUUUUUUUUUUUUUUUUUUUAAAUAAAAGUAUCAAAAGUAAUAUUAAUCAACAGGUUGUUUUGGAGUUUUUCAAUGGGGAGGCCCGUAAUAUGAUUAUGUGAUGUAGCGGGAUGCCGUAGAUCAACAAACUCGUUAGACUUUGCAUACAGAGGUGCAAAACCACUUAUGCGUUUAGCAAAGACAAACGCUGCCAUGAAAUUAUCAAGAACGGUCAAGAUUUUCGACACAGACGAAGCUAAGCACAUAUUUCUUGACGAUGUUAAGUCUUUGUACCCACCCGUUAAUGAACAGCACGUGCAAAAUAAAGACGGCGACAGUCCUGCACAGCAGAGUGCUGGUGACGCAAUACUCUCAGCCAAUGAGAAUAAAAUACAAAACUUAAUCUUCAAAGCAUUCCAUCCUUCGAAUAAGUACAAAAAGACGACACGAGAAGGUCGAAGGACAGAUGCUGAGAAUCCUCCCUCACAUAUUAUGGGUUCAUGGAGAUCUUUAACACCAGACAUUGCACGUAUGCGUCGUAAUAUCGGAUUUGACAUUGCACGUAUGCGUCGUAAUAUCGGAUUUGACACUGCACGUAUGCGUCGUAAUAUCAGAUUUGACAUUGCACGUAUGCGACGUAAUAUCGGAUUUGACAUGGGUGACCUGGCCAAUGAGGAAUGGGAAUUAAACUACACCACCCAUAGUCCCGAACUUUUGAACGAUUCGUACCCUUUGCAUGAUUUUGAGGUGAUUUCACAAGAAGAGGUGCUCCGUGCCAAGCACCUGUACAUAAAGAAGGUUCUCAUGUACGUCGGCAUAACGAUUGCGUCCGUGUUCGUCUUCACGGUUAUCGCCAUAUUCUUCAUAACCGACCCCAAGUCGUGCAUCCUGGCAUUUGCCACGGGAAGCCCGUGCUGCCUCGUGCUCUCCCCGUGCAUCGUGAAGGGUCUGUCUCAGUUCCUGAACCCGGGGCAGGUGGUUCGAGACCAGAUGAACACGUACCUGCCUGGCAUGCUCAUCGACAGAGACGGGAACAUAGAGCUGUAUGAGAUCACACCCGGGGAGAUAGAGGCCGUACAAGUGAUGAUCAACGACGUCAUCGACUUCGUCGCCUAGUGCCUUGACGUGGGUUCGUCCACGGCGUCAAGUACGACCACUUACGGUCAAUGUUUUGUGGCAUCAAAGUUGAUCAUCUGCGGGAGCACCAAGGCUGAUCCUCCACAGAAUGAAUGGCCUGGCUAAUCAUUAUUAGCAAGAAUGCUGAACAAAUACAUCACGGUGAUCAUCUACAAUAUCAAGGUGAAUCAUUUACAUCAUUAAGGUUGAUCAUCUACAGCAUCAAUGUUCAUGUACAUCAAAACUGAUUAUAAUCUACAGCAUGAAGGCCAAUCAUCUACAGCAUCAAUGCUGAUAAUUUACGGUGUCAAGUCUGAUUAUCUAUAUCAAGGCUGAUCAUCUACAGCAUCAAGGCUGAUCAUCUAUGGCAUCAAGACUGAUCAUCUGCAGCAUCCAGGUUGAUCAUCUACAUCACGGCUGAUCAUCUACAGCAUCAUCAUGGCUGAUUAUUUACAUCAAGGCUGACCCUCUACAGCAUCAAUGCUGAUCAUCUCUAUCAAGGCUGAUCAUCUACAUCAUGGCUGAUCAUCUACAGCAUCAAGGCUGAUUAUCUUGAUCAAGACUAAUCAUCUACAGCAUGAAGGCAGAUCAUCUACAUCAUGACUGAUCAUCUACAGUACCAAGGCUGAUCAUAGACAACAUCAGUGCUGAUCAUCUACAGCACAAAGGCUGAUCAUCUACACCACCAAGGUUUUUCAUCUACAGCAUUAAGGCUUAUAAUCUACAUCAAGACUGAUCAUCUACACCAUUAAGGCUGAUCAUCUACACCACCAAGGCUGAUCAUGUACAUCAUCAGUGCUCAUCAUCUGCAGGAUCCACUGGGAUGCUCGAAAUAAAAUUUACAUCAGACCUCAAUGUAAGAAAGAGAAACAAAAAUAUCCAGAAUCCAGUAGCUUCCACCUGGCCUGAGCAUAUUGGAUAACUAUUACAUUUAUUUAUAGCAGCCAUUAAAAUUGCUACCGAGAUUCCUAAGUUAGCACACAUCUUCAAAUACAAAGAUUCUCAUUUUUACAAUGUUUGCAGACAGAAAAAUGGACAUAGUAUUGGCCUAAGAUGUGGGUUAUAUUUAUGGGCUACUUAUGACAAAUUUAACACUGAAUUACCAGUGUCCUUGACC